AGAUGGUCAUGUGACCGGCGUCGAAUCUACCGAAAAUCGACAGGAGAAGAAGACGGCCAUGUGAUCAAACCAGGUUGUUGUUGUUGUACGGGAUCAUGGUAGUGGCUUUCUUGAUCCACACCGUGUGCCCGAUCGGGGCGCUGGCUCCCGGGGAGAGCAGGGUUCUCUACUCCCGUGUCUUCGGGCCGGACGAGACCCUUUUUCAGGACGGCUCCCUCCGGCGGCAGCUCAACGCCGAAGAGAGGCGCCUGUUGUCGGCUGAGAAGAUCGCGAUAGUGGCCAGGCAGGUCCAGAGCGCGGUGGGGCUUCGCCGAGAGGCGUCGGGCCGCCCUCCCACGGAGGCGCUGCCAGGAGAGGAAGCCCUGGCCCUGCAGGAAGCCGAAAGCGGGGUCUUGAGGCUGUGUCGCGGGGACCCCUACUGGCGGGAGCUUAGCGCGAUGUGGUUUGCCGUCAACUCUCUGGCCUUCGUGAUGCUGUGCGAGCACCACGAGAACCCCUUGCUUGCGGAGGGGACGCUCCGGAGCCUGGUCCGACACUGCCUGGAGCAUCUUCACAUGUUGGGUCAGGGCAGCGAGGUGCUGCUGAAGAGCAGCCGAGUUGACAUCCUGCUGAGUCGCCUUCUUCCUCACGGCCAGCUCCUCUUUCUCAACCACCGCUUCGCUCAAAGUCUGGAGAAAGAUCUGGCCACCCUCAAGUGACACAUUUUGCACUGUGCCGAUUCAACAGCCGGAUAACAAACUUUGAUUUUCUCACUUUUUUUUUUUGGUAUAUAUACACACCAAAAUUCCAAUGAUUUUUCAUUUAUUAAAAAAAAAAAAAAAAGUCCCGGCAUUAACAUGACUGAUCAAUGAGAAAGCAUCUGCCGUUUACUCUUUGGCCUCCAUUGACUGCGCUAGACGUCCAAUCCAUAAUCCCUAUUCUGUGAGUUAUUAAAUGUCAUAGACAGCGAUAGACAUCUAAUUGAUUUGAACUAGGAAGGCUGGCAUCGAAUCAUGUUUCAGUGCCAUAUACCGUGCUGUGAAUUUAUGAGUCGCAUUCAAACAAAAGACAAAAGGAUACGUGAAAGACAAAGAAUGAGAUGAGCAGUCACUAAAAUUGGAUCAAGGGCGGCGAUUGGCCAACGUCGCAACCUCCCAGGACUGCGCUGUGAGCUGCAUGACCGAUGAGUCCUGAAAAAUGGUCAACAUCUAUAAUAUCUUGGUUCAUUUAGCCUAUUAACUUAAUGAGUGCCUUAGAAAAGCUAAAACAUAUUGUGCUUUCUGUGCCUUAUGUUUUUAUAGUCUUUUUUUAAAAAAAUUAGGAGGGUUAGUGGGAAAGAGUAGAUCAAUUUUUUUUAAUUAAAAAUAGAUGUCGGGCUUGUUUUUCAGGCCAAAUUGCUGUGCCCUAAUAACCUACCAGCUGAUCCAAGUCACAUGCAACGUGGCCACUUUUGCUGAUGGUGCUUCUCUUUUCAUCCAGAGUCUCCACAAAUUCCAUGGCCAUGUGGGUCGUCUCAACCACGUAGCUGGAAAAAACAACAAUGCUAUUCACGUGACACUAAGGCUGUCACAAAUGAUCAUUUGGGCAUAGGCAUGUGCCGAUUACCGGUUUCAAGGUAUACCAUGGUAUGAAAACGUCAAGGUUUCAAAACCGCAAAAAAUUUGUCAUACUGUCCCUCAGGUAUUAUCCAUUUUUAAUGUCCCAAAAAUGCAUGGAGAAAUCCCUCGCUUGCUGUUGUAAGACUCAACCCUCCCCCACCAGUUGUUGCUCAGUGUCAGUGAGUCAGCUGUGCUCCACGAUGGCUGGAGGAGGUGAAACUCUUGAACUUUUUCCCCCCAUCAAAGAAAAUGAAAUCGCUGGUAUGGGAAUACUUCGUUUACAGAAUAGUUACAGACGGUCACGGCUUAGAGGAGGAGGGCCGACUGACAUGUAAAACAUGUUUGCGGACAGUGGCUGCCGAGGAGGCAAUACCUCCUUUAUGAUUUUGCAUUAGUACAAGAUUAAAGGCUAGUAAACACUGUCAGGAAUGUUUCCCACCAGCUACAAGGAUUAACUCCAGCGUGUUUAGUAGAGGUGUGCAAAAUUGCCGAUUCUUAGAUUAUUCACGAUUCGGCCGUGAAAGAUUAGAGAACGAUUCGCAAACAUCCAAAUUCUUAUUAUUGAAAUAUGUCAAGUAGGGGUGUGACAAAAUAUCGAAAUGGUGAUAUAUCGUGAUACUUUGUAUCACAAAAGGUUAUCGUUAUGCUCCUGCCAAGAAUCGAGAUAUCGUUUUAAAAAGGUGUCAAUGUCUAAAAAAAUAAAAAGGAACCAACAAGUUGCUAACAAAAUCUUCUACCAUAAUAGUGUCUCAGUUAACUCUAAGACUGCAUUGACGGUGCACGACCCCGAAUCAAUUUAGACUGGGAACGUUCGUUCAUUUGAAACCAGAGCAUUCACAUUUCCUGUUCUGUACCUCAAAAUAACACAAAACAAAACCAGACACUGCUACUACGCAGGCUAACUAGACAUAAAACAUCAUACACUGUAAACAUGUGGCAGAAACUACAGCGCAUUUUCAUCUCGUUCCUGUCUUGUCAGUUGAAAACUGGGGUUUGUCUAGCUAUGUUUUAGUCUCCCAAAACACAUUUUUAGCGCGAUAUUGUCAUGAAAAAAAGUGUUCGUUGACAAAAUAUUUUCAUUAUCAUCAUCGUUGACAAAAACACUGCUAAUCACACUGGUAAAAAAAAAAAAAAAAGAAAUUUGAAAAACCGGGAAAAUGCAAAAUAAAAAAAGAUGAAAACAAACAACAAAAAAGAGCCACAAAAAUCGUGAAAUCAAAACUGUGAAAACAGCGACAAAAACUGCAAAUACCGUAUUGGCCCGAAUAUAAGACGGCCCUGAUUAUAAGACGGCCCCCUCUUUUUCAAGACUCAAGUUUGAAAAAAGACUUUUUGAACACCAAAUUAUUUUUAUACAGAAAAUAAUUACAGUACAUCCGAAACAAACGAUUAUAACAAUAUAUUUGAGAUAAAAAGCAUUUUAUUUUGCCUCAUUCAAAUCUUAAUAUCUGAACAUUUAAAUAUGUAAACUAAAGUGCAAUCACAUUCGUAAAUGAAUGGCUUCUGGUUUUUGAAAUGUAAAUAAACCAAUCUAUUGUGAUAAAACAACAAAAUUGCAAUAACCGCAUUAACCAUCAAAGUGAAGUCUAACUGUAGUCUUGAAACAAAUCUGAAUAAGGAAAAACAUUCCAAUAAAAUAAUGCAAACUGGUUAAACUUGAGAGUAGCUGAGAUCUGUCAUAACAGAACAUUGCUUCAAUGAUAUUUGGCGUCAUCUAGCGUCGUGAAUGGGUAUAAUGUCUAGACCGCGGAUAUAAAACGACCCCCUCUUUUUCAAUCUUAUUUCAAUGCAAAAAAACACCGUCUUAUAUCCGGGCCAAUAAGGUACUAUGAAAAAGUGCCCAAAAAAAGAAGAAGAAGAAAGAAAAAAAAAGCUUUAAAAAAUGCGAAAAAUCAAACAACCCCUCCAAAAAUUGGAAAAUGCAAAAAACUGCAAAAGCUCUAACCCCUAGGGGAAAAAAAACAAAAACACUCAAAUGAGUAAAAACAAUAAACUGCAAAUAAACAUGAAAAACAAAUGAGUGUCGCUAAAGUGGCAUUCCCUGCCAACUUUCCACUUCAAAUGGAUUGGACAUCUUUUAGCGACAGACUCAAAGUAAUUAACAGCAGAAGGACAAUCGGAUGCCACACCAACGACAGAUACCUGUGCAGUUGGGCCGGUACGGGCAGGUUUUCGUGGCACACGGGCCUGGCCAGCUGCCCGGCCAGAAGCUCCCGGGCCUUGAGGACGUCUCGCAGGUGAGUGCAAAAUCUCUGCAGCGCCUGCAGCCUGCCAGCUGAAGCAAAAAUUGGCGCUCUAAAACCCGACGUUCCUCAAUACAUGCACGCGUAUGCGUUCAUCACCCAAGUAGAAAGGAUGUGUGACGUCUGCGUUUUUCUUCUCCUCCUUCAGUAGCUCCACCUCUAGCUCCAGCUGCGACAAGGACAGCCAUGUCAAUGACACCCCGGCGACCGAUCGAAAUGAGAUUUACCUUCGUCAGCUCUUUCCGCAUUUUGAUAUGCCGCGCAGCCUCGUAAAAUUCAGGUGAGAAGACGGCAGCUUCUCGCUCAUCCUAAGUAGACACGGGGUAGUUAGUUACUGUAAUUGUCAGACUAUAAGCCGCUACUUUUUCCCUUCAUUUUGAAUCCUGUGGCUUAUUUGUUGAUUUAUUUGGGUUAAUAGGUAACACUUUAUUUGACAGCGGUGUCAUAACACCGUCAAAAUUAUGACACCACUAUCAUCACCACUGCUUAUGUCAUUAAGUGUCAUCCGGCAAAUCAUGUCACUAACUCCAUUUAUGUCCAGCUUGGAUCUUUUACAUCCAUUCAAAAGUGAGAUGAUUUGUCGGAUAACACUAAAUGACAUGUUAUAAGCAUUAAUAAAAGCUCAAGACAGUGAUGUCAUAAUUAUGAUUGUCUAACGACAGUCUUAUGGCGCCACUGUCAAAUAAAGUGGUACCAAAUACUAUAACUAGCAAUUAAUGAAACAACUGGAACAGUAACUGAAGAAAUAAUUAGCACAGAAUAUGACUUUUGAUUGUUGUGACCCCAAGCCUUUGAACGAUUGCAUACAAUUCAAUUAAUAUAUACUGUACACUGCCGUUCAAAGGUUGAGGUCACUUGUGUUGUGACCCCAAACCUUUGAACGGAAUCCAAACCUUUGAACGGAAGUGUAUUUAUUGCAUAUGAUCCAAUGAAAAUGUACACUAUAUUAACUGAGAUGGCUGGCAUUCAAUCACUACAUUUCAAUGUCAUUGACCGCAACAGACAUCCAAUCCAUUUGGAGCAGGGAGGACUGUCACUAUUCGUUCCUUCGAAAUACUGACUAAAAGUCACUUUAAUACCUUUAAAAUGACUGAAGUACUCUGGAAGUUACCCAAAUAAUGUUAAAGCUAUUGAAAUACCCCAAAAGGUAACCUCAAUACUUCAAAGUCUACCGAAAUAUUCAGUUAAAGUAGUACAAAUACUAUAUAGAAAGUACUCUCUGAAAGUGACAAAAACUAAUGCCAGGUACUACUAAAUGUAUUGAAAUACUAAAAGUGACCUUAAUACUUUGAAAUGACAUAAAAGUACUCCAUAAAGGUUACCCAAACACACCAAAAUCUAUUGAAAUAUUCCACAAAGUAACAAAUACUCCUGAAUCUACUGAAAUAUUCAUUCAAUGGAACAUUGUUCUUCAAACUUUUCUAAGUCACAGCACAUUGGUAAAAAUCUUGCGGCACAACCCAAACUAAAAAUGUUCCAAAACGAUUUUCUGUAUAUUAUGAUAUUAAUUUCUCAAUAUUUACACUUACUCUGUGUGAUAUUUAAUGCAACGUGAAACAUAAUUGAGGUUUCCUCUCAUCCCCGGUGAAAGAAAAAAAUCUGAACGAAACUUAACUUUAUGUAUGCCUUUGAGCUCUUCGUCUUUACUUUUUUUGGUUUUUUUUUUUUUUUUUUUUAACCAUGACUCAUACGAAGGCCUUUCUUCUGGGAAAGAAUCUUGUCCAGGGCUCAGUUCGGAUUUCAAAGUUGUCCUUUUAAAAAAACGUAUUCAUGACUGCCACUGCCACCAUGAUUUUCGUGUGUGUCACAAGGAAGGUUCUCGGUCGCGUGCGUGCGGGCAAACGGGGCAAUUGCUCGUCUUGCAAUCAAGAACUGUUCGGAAUUAUAGCCAUCACCCACCUUGCUGUCCGCAACAAUGUGAAUCCCAGCAUGUCUACUGGACAUCAUUUGAUUAGACCCGUCAAGUGUCCAUAUACACGAACGUAUCCUUUCCAUUGUAUCCAUGUGACGACAGUCAAUCCUUUGCGUUUUAUUCCAACACACUGCCGUGGACAGCAAGGUGGCUGAUGGCUAGAAAUCCGAGCAGUUCUUGAACGUGACACGAGAUAUAACUCCAACAUCUUCCACCUGCUCCUUUCUUCCUACUGCAACUCCACCCGACGAUGUCCGCGUGCUGUUAACAAGGCUGAGUGUCCUUCAAAAUACCGCCACCGCCAAUAAUGUUAUAUUAAAACAAAAAAACAUUGAAUACGUUUUUGCGGCACACCUGACAAUCUCUCAUGUCACACUGGUUUAAAUAACAAUAAAAAAGAAAUACUCCCAGCCUGUCAAAGUACCCCCUAAAAGUGACCUAAACAGUCCUAAUUCUUCUACAAUAUUCCUUAAAAUGAAUACAAAUACUUCUAGUCCAGUGGUUCUUAACUUUGCUAAAUGUACCGAACCCCACAAGUUUCUCAUGUGGAUUUACCGAACCCUUUAGAAUUAGAAAAUAAAGCAUUUUUUGUCAUUCAAAACCAAUAUACAGUGGGGUAAAUAAUUAUUUAGUCAACCACCAAUUGUGCAAGGUCUCCUACUUGAAAAGAUUAGAGAGGCCUGUAAUUGUCAACAUGGGUAAACCUCAACCAUGAGAGACAGAAUGUGGAGGAAAACAAAACAGAAAAUCACAUUGUUUGAUUUUUAAAGAAUUUAUUUCCAAAUUAGAGUGGAAAAGAAGUAUUUGGUCACCUACAAACAAGCAAGAUUUCUGGCUGUCAAACAGGUCUAACUUCUUCUAACGAGGUCUAAUGAGGCUCCACUCUUUACCUGUAUUAAUGGCACCUUUUUAACUCAUUAUCAGUAUAAAAGACAACUGUCCACAACCUCAGUCAGUCACACUCCAAAUUCCACUAUGGCCAAGACCAAGGAGCUGUCGAAGGACACCAGAGACAAAAUUGCAGACCUGCACCAGGCUGGGAAGACUGAAUCUGCAAUAGGUAAAACGCUUGGUGUAAAGAAAUCAACUGUGGGAGCAAUUAUUAGAAAAUGAAGACAUACAAGACCACUGAUAAUCUCCGUAGAUCUGGGGCUUCAUGCAAGGUCUCACCCCGUGGCGUCAAAAUGAUAACAAGAACAUUUAGCAAAAAUCCCAGAACCACACGGGGGACCUAGUGAAUGACCUACAGAGAGCUGAGACCACAGUAACAAAGGCUACUAUCAGUAACACAAUGCGCCGCCAGGGACUCAAAUCCUGCACUGCCAGACGUGUGCCCCUGCUGAAGCCAGUACACGUCCAGGCCCGUCUGCGGUUCGCUAGAGAGCAUUUGGAUGAUCCAAAAGAGGACUGGGAGAAUGUGUGAUGGUCAGAUGAAAACAAAAUAGAACUUUUUAGUACAAACACAUGUUCUCGUGUUUGGAGGAGAAAGAAUAUUGAAUUGCAUCCGAAGAACAGCAUACCCACUGUGAAGCAUGGGGGUGGAAACAUCAUGCUUUGGGUCCGUUUUUCUGCAAAGGGACCAGGACGACUGAUCGGUGUAAAGGAAAGAAUGAAUGGGGCCAUGUAUCUCGGGAUGUUGAGUGAAAAUCUCCUAUCAGCAAGGGCAUUGAAGAUGACACGUGCCUGGGUCUUUCAGCAGGACAAUGAUCAAGAGCUGAAACGAGUACUCGAGCAACUCGAGUAACUCGAGUUUAAAAACUGAUCCGAGUUAUUUUAUUCACCUCGAGUAAUCGUUUAUUUUGACAGUUCUAAGCAUCACGUUUUGCUCGGACUACUUUUAAUGCGGGACAACGCGCUGUCACAUGCGGAGAGGAAGAAGGAAAAAAAAAAACUUACUGCAGCCGACAGCCGCCACAAACGACGCCGACGUUGCUAAAGACUAGCCCGCACAAUGCUACGUUGGUACAGGUAGCGUCUGAUAAGUCUCAUAGAGAUCACAUGUAUGUUGAACUAGAUGCAAAAUGACAGACUCGGCCGCGUCUGGGCAGCAUUAGUAAACAGCCCCCAUCUUAAAGCAGUAGAGCGCUAAGCGCUAAUAAAUAAGAUUAACGUUACUGUCGCUAGCUACUAGCUCACGUAACGUUAGCCCUGCGGAGGGCUAGGUUUCUAUUAAUUAUGACCACUGUCGAUGCGUGGCUAACGUGUCUUACAUACAGGCUUUAACAUAGCAUAGCAUUGUGGAGUGAUGAGGGUGUAAAAUAAAAACUUACCUAUCUUAACUAUCAAUUUUAGCUCAGUAGUCAUUGCUGGAUAAAACACCAAGUAGCACUGGUCCCUAAUGUGCUCCAAUACAGCCUGUAUCAUACAUUUAUUUUGAACACUGCAAAAACUCAAAAUCCUAUCAGGACUUACAGUUUAGACUAACUUAAAACUUAACUAGAACUUAAAAAUGGCUUGACACAAAGAGAAAUUCAAUUGAAACACGUGGGGAAAAAAUCCAAACUUUUAAGUGAUGUGUGUUAUCAAGCGUAACGGCAUUUUUAGGUAAGAUAUAUAUAUAUAUAUAUAUAUAUUUUUUUCAAAUAAGAUCUAAAAGUUUUUUGAGUGAAAGCAGUGAAUUAGUCUUUUUUUUAAAAUUCUAGUUACAUCUGAGAUGCAAUUGUUGGCCGUUUUCAACAAUAUACAUCGAAAAUAAAGACAUUGAUUGACUGAAAAUGGUUCAAGAUUAGAUGAAAUGUCUCGUUUUCUCAUGUAUAUUUAUAAUUGCUCUUCACCUAAAAAUAUAUUUGUUUUAUCCGAUUACUCGAUUAAUCGAUAGAAUUUUCAGUCGAUUACUCGAUUACUAAAAUAUUCGAUAGCUGCAGCCCUACAAUGAUCCCAAACACACAGCCAGGGCAACAAAGGAGUGGCUUUGUAUGAAGCAUUUCAAAGUCCUGGAGUGGCCUAGCCAGUCUCCAGAUCUCAACCCCAUAGAAAAUCUGUGGAGAGAGUUGAAAGUCCAUGUUGCCCAACGACAGCCCCAAAACAUCACUGCUCUAGAGGAGAUCUGCAUGGAGGAAUGGGCCAAAAUACCAGCAACAGUGUGUGAAAAGCUUGUGAAGAGUUACAGAAAACGUUUGGCCUCCAUUAUUGCCAACUACGGGUACAUAACAAAGUAUUGAGAUGAACUUUUGGUAUUGACCUAAUACUUAUUUUCCACCAUGAUUUGCAAAUAAAUUCUUUAAAAAUCAAACAAUAUGACUGUCGUCCCCCCCCCCACAUUCUGUCUCUCAUGGUUGAGGUUUACCCAUGUUGACAGUUACAGGCCUCUCUAAUAUUUUCAAGUGGGAGAACUUGCACAAUUAGUGGUUGACUAAAUACUUAUUUGCCCCACAGUAUAUAUAAGCUAGCAAGCUAAUCAUUUAGCAAAUUCCUGUUCAAAGCUCUACUCAUUUUGACAACAUUAUUUAAAAAACGGGUCAAAAUUUGAGACCUGUUGUAUUCCCUCAUACAAAGUGUGAGUCAACCUUCCACUGAGCAAACCAGUUCAUCCUCCCAUUAGAUAAAGGACUAGCAGUUAAAUGGAUUAGGCCUUCAAAUUAGGAGCAAACCUGGUUUAAAAAGCCAUUUUGCCUUGAUUUAAUCAGCAUACAAAAAUAAGGCUCCGUGUUUCUUUAACUUCGCCGAACCCCUUAGACCACCAAAAGUCAUCACCAAAAGUCCGACCAAAAUCCAUGGUCAAAUUUCAUCCGGCCCCCAGCCUUUGUCAUAAGAUUAAUAAUGUCUGGCCCGCACACCGAUUUAAUAAAUUGGUCAGCAGUACUGCUACCAGCAUAUGAAGUAGCUUACACACUAAAUUCUGUGCCUCAUUUACCCACUAAAACGCAGCAGCAACAUUACCCUGUGUGACCCUUUACUUCCAAUUUUCUAAAAUGGCGAUAAUCAACAAAAAAAGAAAUUUGACUGGCAGACGCUUCAAGGAUAGGAGGAAAUUGGACUAUUUCUUCACUAAAAUACGCAACAACUGUGUCUGCCUCAUUUGCAAAGAGACAGUCGCGUUUUUUAAAGAGUUCAAUGUGAGGCGAUAUUACCAAACAAGACACGCUGACAUGUACAACAAGAUUACAGGGAAGAUACGCAGCGAGAAAUUGAAGCAAAUUGAAACUAGUUUAAUUUCACAGCAGCAUUAUUUCGCAAGCGUCUGAGAGUCGAAAGAGAAUGCCACAAUGGCUAGUUGCGAGAUUGUUGAAAUUAUUUCCAAAAAAAUAAAUAAAUAAAGCAAAUGUGACACACAGAAUGGCUUGCUAAAAUUUGCUUAAAUAUAUUGUUUUACGUAAAGGACGUCAGUUAAGGUCGCCCCCCCACAUCUUUACCACACCAAAUCUGCCCCCCUUUGCAAAAAGUUUGGACACCCCUGCCUUAGACUUACUCACUGAACCCCUGGGAUUCGAUCGGACACAGGUUAAGAACCACUGCCUAGUUGAUCAACGUACUCUCCAUAGUUGACCUAAAUAUCAGAAUCAAAAAUCAGAAUUUUUAACAUUAGGCUUACUUUUCGAGUUAGCGGGGAUUUAAUCAGUCGGUGGAGUUGAUUUCAACAAGUCCUGUGCAGUUUGUCAUUUAUUUGUUAGAUUCAGGGCUCCGGACUGGCUAAGCUAGCGCGAGGCAGUGGUCCUAGCUUAGCAUGCCAAUAAAAAAACACAACAUAUGCACACAUGAGAAUCACCGAUGAGAUGACCCAUGCAAUCAAUAGUGUUGGCAAUAUUUUCAGGAUAAAGUUAUUUUAACUUACCAUUGCAUGUUAAUAAUUGAAGUAUGAACAGCAACAUUUGUAAUCCCAGUGAUGUUAUUUCCACCGGUGUGUCCAUGUGGUGGACAACAACAGCAAGUAACCACAGUUUAUAUUGUUCCUCGUUCUUCAUAGGGAAUUUGUGGAAACUUCAUUUGCCCAUUUCUUAUUUAUGUUUCUACAUCCUCUAAAUCAGUACUUCUCAAAUAGUGGGGCGCGCCCCCCUGGGGGGGCGCAGAGCGAUGCCAGGGGGGCGCAUGUGACCUCGGGGAACAUGCUUUUUUUUUUAUUAUUAUUAUUAUUUUUUUUAUGCCGUACUGGAAUAAAGUGUACUUGCACAUCCACUCAGUAAGUGAGAGUGGCGCUCUCAUUUUCAGAGUGCGCGCAGUAUUUUUGAACUAAGGAAGAGCACUCAGCACACACAGAAAACAGAUAUGAAGAGAAGUGUGCCACCGCCGUUUUCGAAAGCCGUUUUCCGACCGGACUCACUCACGCAGCGACCCAGUGUCUUGUCCGGUUCUCACGUCGCCGCUCGAGAAGAGAAGUGCCAUUUUAGGCUUGGGAUCGUCACGACGACCGCCCUCACCUACGGUUCUACCUCGGCCGCCGAGAAUGCGCUUUUUUCGUGCCGUUUGCCUUUUAGCUUUGACUUUUAAUACAGUGGGUGAUGAUGAAAGACCACUGUUUACUUUGUCUAAAAAUAAUUAUAGCGGACAGCCAGAAGCCAAAUCAAUUAAGACGCCACUAAAAGACAUUAGACCCCAAUCCAGGCAUGAAAAUGGGUCAGGGGUUAAAAAGGUGAGAAGGGUGUGGAGGAAAUAUGUUCCAGUACACUGUAUUGUACACCCCAACAAAAUAUUGAGCUCUGUCGACCCACACUGUGUUUCAGCAGGGCCAUGCAGAGACCGGUGGAGGGGUGGGUGCUCGUAGAUCAAAAGGGGCACAUGAACAAGUAUUUAAUACACCUUAAAACAACAUAACUUAAAUUUUAACCGGCUUUAGAUAAUAAUUGGCUGCGACUGUGACAUACUUUAAUUGGGAGGGGGCAACAGUGAAUAGAAAUCAAAACUGUCAUCAACACUUUCUGGCUGUGACUCAGUCAGUCUGCCUCUUUUCUUCCUUCAACGUCUGCAUCAAAACUUCCUUCCUCAACUUGUUCAUCUGAGAACAAACCACAUCAGAUGGUCACUGAGCCACCAACAGCACAGUUUUCUUAAAACUAUUAUUUCAUUAUUAUCCAUACUUAACUCUAGCACCUAAUGAUUAAUAAAGCAAUGACAUAAAAAUCUUAUAGAAAAAUAACAUUGUAAUUGUGUUUAUAAUUGGAUUUAAUACCCGACUAUCCUUGCAAACUUGUUCUUACCAGGUCUGCUAUUCACCCAGCUGAUGAGGUAUCCACUGCCUUUAGCAGCCUCAUCUAACUCUAACUUUUUUAUCCCUCAAUCUCCCUUCCCUACGACGCAUGUCUAUGUAAUGAAAUAUAAAUAUUUUAAAAAACAAACAGACUCCCCAGUGGCUUUUAGUUUUAAAGCUUUCUUAAUUUCUUUCUCACUCAAUAACGAUGGAGUUAGAUUUGUGUUUUUAUUAUUCAAUCAAAAAACAAAGUUACUUCUAUCAAAAACAAAGUUGCUUCAAUCAAAAUACAGUAUAUACUUUUAAUCCCAAAAAGUAGCUUCAAUAAAAAAAAAAAAAAUAAAUGUUUUUGAUUGCAAUAAUAAAUUUGAGACAAAAAAAAGCAUUUGAAAACUAUUUUUCUUGAUUGAAACAAAUUUUUCCAUUUAAGUAAUGUUUUGCGUUUGGGCCACAUUUUGGCUAGGACAUUUGUGUCUUUAUUAUUCAAUCAAAUAAGUUGCUUCAAACAAAAAAAUAUAUAUAAAAAGAAAAACUUUGCACAUGUGCCAAUCACCGUUUACCAAAGCCUGAGAGGAUUUGAGUAGACUCACUAUGAAGCUUUUAAUAAAGCCAAGCAUUUUCUAACUACUUUAUUCUUGUUAAAAAAUAAUUCAGUGGGGCAGUAACAUGUUUAAAACUUAUCAUAAUUCUUACAUUUUGAAGUGCUUGAAAACCAUUUAUAAAUGAUACUUUGGUGAAAAAAGUGAAAAAACAUGUCUUAUAUAUAUGUAUCUUUUUUCCAAUGUAAAAUCUGAAUAAAUGCAUUGAACACGCACAAAAAAAUGGGGGGGGGGUCGCUACUUCGCGGUUUUCACUUAUUGCGGCGGGUUCUGGUCCCCAUUAACCGCGAAAAACGAGGGAUCCCUGUAUUUCUGAAAAGCUUUAAGAAGCAAGACUCAUUCCCACCACUCGUCGGGCCGCUGUUGUGCCGACACCGGCCGUCAGCUCAAAUCCAAGCCGAAAAUAACGCGUCUCCGGCGGACGACGGGAGCGAUGUGAGGCGCCCCCUCCAUCCGAGAGAAUGCCGCUUAAUUUGACUCAACAGUGUGUUUCUUCGUUUAUAUUACCGCUAAAUACACAAGCUUGACGCCAAUUUAAUGGGAGCUAUUUUUUUUCAUGGGAGAUUUGGCUAGCUCUGGCAUUGUUCAACGCAAGGUGCAACGAAUGGCAGUAACUUUUUUAUAUCGCAAAACGUGAAAACGAUUGAAACCAUUACUCACCAAGUUCAAUCUGCUGUGUGUAUGCUGCGCUCUGGUCUGCCCCGAUGUGGAUAAGGCCUGCUUUUUGUUUUCGCUGCUUUGCAAUGCAACCGAAGGCUCUCCGAGCACUCCACGUACACGCGUAAGGAGUGCGCGCGUUUGGAAUAAUGGAACGCAGCUUGGGCCGAUGAUUGGUUCUCGUCAGCGAAGCAUCUAGAAGGAUUUGCUGACUGUGUUCUUAAGUGCUCAGUUUACGUACUAAGUUAAUCACAUGAUGAUAAUAAUAAUAAUUAAAUAAAACCUCCCGACCCCCCCCCCCUCCCAAAAAGAAUUUCUCCUCGGAUCUACGCAAUUCACGUAGGUCGCCCUUUUUGACUUCAAAACGGCGAAUUUCGCCGAAAGGUGAGAGAUUUUCAUGCCUGCCAAUCUCAUUGAUAAUCCGCUUGAUUGUUUUUCAGUGAAAACGUGCCGAAUAUUGCCAACAAUCGUCCUGCUUUGUCAGUGUUAUAUCAGUAAACCAGUGAGCAUUGUGAGCAUGCUCAUUGCAAAAUAACUCCACACCAUUGCAAAGGAGGUAAAUAAUGUGAGCAGCAAAGAUAAAAACGGUCCUGUCCAAGGACACUCUUUUUUUUCUUUUAUUCAGUUUUGUUUUUUCGGUCAAAUUUUUUGGCAUAUUGUCCUCAUGAGUGAAUGUUUCUAAUCAAUUUUAAUUUGUUAUUAUUUACUGAUUUUAUUACAUUUUAUUUUUCUGUAUCAAAUGGUCAAAAAUGUACCUUGAGUGUAUUUUUUACAGUUUGGAUGUGACUUUUUUUUUUAAUUCAGGCAAAUUGAUGCACGUCAAGUCUUCUCUGUU